GACUUCAACUAAAAAUAAGUCACAGAAUUGAUAAAAUAGUUUUCCGUGUUUCGUGCGUUAUUUAAAUUUUCAAUUAUAUUUAAUAUCAAAUAAAUAUUUGUAAUGGCUGGACAAGCACUCAGGAGAUUAAUGGCAGAAUAUAAACAGCUCUCAAUAAAUCCACCUGAAGGGAUUUUAGCUGGACCAGUAUCAGAAGAAAACUUUUUCGAAUGGGAAGCAUUAAUUUCUGGGCCAGCUGAUACAGUGUUUGAAGGUGGACUCUUCCCAGCAAAACUUGUGUUUCCGUCUGACUAUCCUCUUAAUCCUCCUAAAAUGAGUUUUCUUUGUGAGAUGUUUCAUCCGAAUAUCUUCCCUGAUGGUCGUGUUUGCAUUUCCAUUCUCCAUUCACCUGGUGACGAUCCUCUUGGCUACGAAUCGUCAUCUGAGCGCUGGUCGCCAGUACAAUCAGUUGAAAAAAUCCUCUUGUCAGUAGUUUCAAUGUUAGCUGAACCAAACGACGAAUCACCAGCAAAUGUCGAUGCUUCAAAGAUGUGGCGCGAAAACAGAGAAGAAUUCAACAAAACCGCUCAAAGGAUCGUAAGGAAAACUUUAGGAUUAUGAACUGAUGACGUUUAAUGCAACUUUGGAACAAAUGAUUUGUUAACUUUAUAAAUUUUUCUCUUCUACAAAGCAACAAUAAAUUAAUUCUCAUUGAAACAAA